AUGAGAUACUUUUUUACAAAUCAAACUGCAUCUCCAGUUACAAAUCAAACUGCAUCUCCAGUUACGACAGUCUCUGCACCUGCUAAAGUUGCACAGAUUAAUUUAGGCUUCAGUAUUGAUCAAGAGUUCAAGGACAUCUACUCCGAUCUCAGUAACAAUGAGACCAAAGAGCUGUUAAAUAGCAUCAUCAAUGAGUGUUCUCGAGUUUACAAAAGGCGGUUCCCAAAAUUCUACCGCAUGUUUAUUCGGAAGUUCAGCAAGGGCUCCGUUGUGAUUGAUUCUGUCAUCGAGUUUGACUCCACGAAUGGCACUAGUCCUAAUGUGACAGAUGUGAAAGACACCCUUGUUACGGCUGUCACGAAUGGAAAUUUCAACUUCACAAUUAAUAACUCGUCCAUCAAUACUACUGAUAUCCCAGAAACCAGUGGUCAGUGUAUUUACAGAUUAUUUUUUUUCCUCAACAACACCUGCAACAACUCCAAAUACGAACCAAACUGCAACUCCAGUUACGAAUCAAACUGCAACUCCAGUUACGAAUCAAACUGCAUCUCCAACUACAAUAUAACCUUCAAACUGAACGACGACUUUAAACCGGACCUUUCAAUUAUAACAUCUGAUGCAGCCACAAAGCUGGCAAAAAACAUCACCUCUGAGCUUGAUGGAUUUUACAAAGGUUUUAAGAACUUCAAGCGCUCGUUGGUUUGGCGGUUCAGGUCUGGCUCUAUUGUGGUAGAUGGUCAACUUGGAUUUAACAAUACUCUUGCCAAUAAUCCUACUGUGUCAGAGCUGGCUUGGGGUCUUGCUGAAGCUGUUAGAAAUGGAAUAGUCAAAUUAUCAGUUGAUCCAAAAACUAUCACAGUUACAGAUUCCUCUGGAGUCGCUGCUAACCGGUCUCCAGUCCUGGCUAGUAUGCUCACAGCUUUGUGGAUGACCCUAGCGUCGCUUCUUUUGUCAGCUGUGAUGCACUAAUCACAAAAUCAUGCUACGAAAACAUGACUGUGACAUCUCGGAUAUUUUUGGUCAGAUCACAAAGCAAAACGUGUCAAGUUAUGAUCUAUCUAGCUGUAACGUUUACUGGUCUUACUUGCCACAUAUAGAGUCUGGUGAUACAAAAGGUAUGUGUGAGUUAUAUUUUUUGUCCUGUGCUUUACAAAAAGCACAUUUU